AUGGAUCCCAUUCACAAGAAGAUCCCAGUUCUUAUCCACAACGGGAAACCAGUGUGUGAGUCUCUUGUCAUUGUUCUGUACAUUGAUGAGGCCUGGAAUGACAAAUCUCCAUUGUUGCCCUCUAAUCCUUACCAGAGAGCUCAAGCUAGAAUGAUUACCGGUUUCUCAAGUAUCAAGGAGGUAUGGACCACAAAAGGAGAGGAGCUAAAGGCAGCAAAGAAGGAAUUUCUUGAAACCUAUAACAUAUUGGAGGGGGAACUUGGUGACAAACCUUACUUUGGGGGUGAAAGACUAGGGUAUGUGGGCCUUACUCUUAUCCCUUUCUACACCUGGUUCUAUUUUAUUAAGACCAUAGGGUGUUUCAAAAUUGAGGCACAGUGCCCCAAGAUUGUUGCAUGGGCUAAGAGGUGUAUGCAGAAAGAGACUAUCGCCAAGAUCCUUCCUGACCAGAAGAAGGUUUACGAGCUUCUUGGACAGUUUAGGAAAAGGGCUUGGUUUGGAGUAGACUAA